AUGAGACUCGUGCAGGCUGUGAUCUCGGCAGUGGCGGUGGCCCGCAAAGCUGUCCCGGAGAUGCCGAGCUGUCCCAACUGGCCGGAAUUCGUAUGCCGCAGCCAAGCGAAGGUUUGUCUCUGGUGUCCGGAAAGCAGUCAGUGCAUGCCUGCUGCGGGCCAAUGUCCCCUCGACGAAGCGCCCGCUCCCAAAAGACUCGACUGCCAUAAGGUGACAGGACCGGCUUCCUGCGUCCUCAACCGCGACAUGAAGACGGCCUGCAGAGGGUUUUGCUUGCGCUACAAAACCGACGCAGACAACAACGUGAGUCUCCUUUGGGACGAUGGACUUUGCCUUAAUGGCUUUGAGAUAUGCCCGGAAACGACCCGCAAAAUGGUUACGAGCAUCACAGAGGUGCCCUGCGCGGUCCGUAGUACCUGUCACGAGUGCUACCAGAACACCUGGGGGAAGGAGGUUGAGGAUGAGCCCAGCUGCGUUUGGACUGCGGAGAAGUGCCAGGACCGCGCCGACGAGACCGAUGAGGAGUACCAUAUUGGCGUCUGUCCCAGCGUUUGGGAAGAUUAA